GACAUUAAACAGCUUUGUGGCUCCAGUGAGGAAGAAAUGAAAUGUUUUUCCACCACUUGGCGUCUGUUUACGGCCGCCGAUCAACUGACCUGUAGAGUGAGGUCACGUGACAGAGGCGUCGCUGAAAACAUUGAGCCGUUCACCGCUUAGACGCCAUCAGGAGCCGUUUGACCAGAACCCGGAGGCAGAGCUCCGACUGUCGCUGCUUUGUCCCUCCGAUGGCAGAGAGAGCCGGGCGGCAUGGGGGCUAAAGAGUCGAGGAUCGGAUUCCUGUCUUAUGACGAGGCUGUCAGGAGAGUUACUGAUGUGGAGCUGAAGCGGCUGAAAGAUGCCUUCAAGAGAACCAGCGGCCUGUCGUUUUACAUGACCCAGCAGUGCUUCUACAGAGAAGUCCUGGGAGAUGGAGUUCCCCCGAAGGUUGCAGAGGUGAUCUACAGCUCAUUUGGAGGCUCCUCCAAAGGUCUGCACUUCAACAACCUGAUGGUGGGUCUGGUGCUGCUGACCAGAGGACGCGAUGAGGAGAAGGCCAAGUACCUCUUCAGCCUGUUUGCCAGCGAUCUGGGUGGAUACGCUGCCAGGGAAGAUAUCGAGGCAGUCUUGCAGGUCCUGGAUGGAGAAGUCCCCUCCUCGCUGAAGAAGUGCUUCAUAGAGAGUGACAAAGUGAACUAUGAGCGCUUCAGGAUCUGGCUCCUGCAGAACAAGGAGGCCUUCACUCUGUCGCGCUGGCUUCUCUCUGGAGGAGUGUGUGUCACGCUGACAGACGACAGCGACACGCCCACCUUCUACCAGACCCUCGCCGGCGUCACACACCUGGAGGAGUCUGACAUCAUCGACUUGGAGAAGCGCUACUGGCUGCUGAAAGCACAGUCCAGAACCGGCCGCUUUGACCUGGAAACCUUCGUCCCGCUGGUCUCUCCUCCCAUCCACGCCUCUCUGGGUGAAGGCCUUUUUCACGCCUUUGAUGAAAAUCGGGACAAUCACAUCGACUUUAAGGAGAUCUCCUGUGGGCUCUCGGCCUGCUGCAGGGGGCCAGUCGCUGAAAGGCAGAAAUUUUGCUUCAAAGUGUUCGAUGUGGACCGUGACGGGGUUCUGUCUCGAGAUGAGCUCCAUGAGAUGGUGGUUGCCUUGCUGGAGGUGUGGAAGGACAAUCGCACAGACACCAUCCCUGAGCUGCUCACCAACGUGUCGGACAUAGUGGAGGAGAUCCUGAAGAUGCACGAUACGACCAAGCUGGGUCAUUUGACCCUGGAAGAUUACCAGAUCUGGAGCGUAAAGAGCGCUUUGGCCAACGAGUUCCUAAACCUGCUCUUCCAGGUUUGCCACAUAGUGCUGGGCCUGAGGCCAGCCACUCCUGAGGAAGAAGGGCAGAUUAUCAGGGGCUGGUUGGAGAGGGAGAGCAGACACGGGCUGCAGCAAGGCCAGAACUGGUUCCUCAUCUCCAUGCUGUGGUGGCAGCAGUGGAAAGACUACGUCAAAUACGAGCAUAACGGCAUCGUUGUGGAGCAGCCGUCCAUCCUGAGCUUCCUCAGAGCCCCGAUGGCCACAGCCACCGUGGAGCCGGCGCAUCCUGACAGACCUGGGGGGCUGGGAUCCUUUGGCCCCUCCAGCCCCUCAGAGGAGAAGUCCCCGGAUGCUGUUUCCAGUGCCUCAGAAGCAACAGAGAACGCACUGAGUCCUCAGCUCGCUCCCUCAGCAGCAGAGAGCUGCUUCGCCCGUCAACACAACCUAUCGGAAAACAACAAUCAGUGCUUCUCUGCAGCCAACGGCCACCUGCCCUCCCAGCUGACGGCACAGAGACCCGGAGCCAUCGACAACCAGUCCUUGGUCACCACCGAGCCCAUAAAGGCCCCAACGUUAACCAUGGAGGGCGGUAGGCUGAGGCGCUCUCUGCAGCUGGUUCCUGGCAGAGACUUUGAGAUGGUGCCAGAGCCGGUGUGGCGGGCUCUCUACCACUGGUACGGUGCCAACCUGAGCCUGCCUCGACCGGUCAUCCUGGAAAGCAAGACAGGUCAAGCAGAGCUGGAGCUCUUCCCCCGCUACCUCCUCUUCCUCCGCCAGCAGCCGGCCACGCGCUCCCCCCAGUCCAACAUCUGGGUCAAUAUGGGAAACGUUCCGUCUCCAAACGCUCCCCUCAAGAGGAUGCUGGCUUACACCGGCUGCUUCAGCCGCAUGGGCACCAUCAAGGACAUCCACCUGUACCUGUCUCAGCGGCUCCGCAUCAAGGAGGAGGACAUGAGGCUGUGGCUCUACAACAGUGAGAACUACCUCACCCUGCUGGAUGAUGAAGACCACACACUGGAGAGUCUGAAGAUCCAUGAUGAGCAGCAGCUGGUUAUUGAGGUGAGAAACAAAGACAUGAGCUGGCCGGAGGAGAUGUCCUUCAUCGCCAACAGCAGCAAAAUGGACCGACACAAAGUUCCCACUGAGAAAGGUGCGACCGGCCUCAGUAACCUUGGCAACACGUGCUUCAUGAACUCCAGCAUUCAGUGCGUGAGCAACACCAAGCCGCUGUCCGACUACUUCCUCUCAGGACGACACCUCUACGAGCUCAACAGGACCAACCCCAUCGGGAUGAGGGGCCACAUGGCCAAGUGUUACGGAGACCUGGUGAUGGAGCUGUGGAGCGGGACGCAGAAGAGCGUAGCGCCGCUCAAACUCAGGUGGACGAUAGCGAAGUACGCCCCGCGUUUCAACGGCUUCCAGCAGCAGGACUCCCAGGAACUGCUGGCGUUCCUCCUCGACGGCCUCCAUGAAGAUCUGAACCGGGUCCAUGAGAAGCCUUAUGUGGAGCUGAAGGACAGCGAUGGACGGCCCGACUGGGAGGUGGCUUCUGAGGCCUGGGAGAACCACCUGCGCAGGAACCGCUCCAUUGUGGUGGAUCUGUUCCACGGUCAGCUCAAGUCGCAGGUGAAGUGUAAAACCUGCGGCCACAUUAGCGCCCGCUUCGACCCCUUCAACUUCCUGUCUCUGCCUCUGCCCAUGGACAGCUCCAUGCAUCUGGAGAUCACAGUCAUUAAACUGGACGGCUCCACGCCGGUGCGCUACGGUCUGAGGCUGAACAUGGAUGAGAAGUACACGGGGCUGAAGAAGCUGCUGAGCGAGCUGUGCGUCCUGAAGCCCGAGCAGAUCCUCCUGGCUGAGGUCCACGCUUCCAACAUCAAGAACUUCCCUCAGGACAACCAGAAGGUCCGUCUCUCUGUCAACGGCUUCCUGUGUGCGUUUGAGGUGCCGGUUCCAGGUUCGCCAACAUCUCUGAGCUCCCCGACGCUCACAGACGUCACGCCAACAGUCAACGACUCUGCUGCUAAUGGGCACCUAAUCCCUAACGGGGGGCCUGGCACGGCGGUGGCCAGCAGCCCAGAGACGCCGCUGGUCAACGGCGUUGGCAACGGACACAUCACACCUGUGCAGGAGAGCCCCUUCAUCGGGUACAUCAUCGCCAUGCACAGGAAGAUGAUGCGUACGGAGCUCUACUUCCUGUCGUCUCAGAAGAACCGGCCCAGUCUGUUUGGAAUGCCUCUCAUCGUUCCCUGCACGGUCCACACCAGUAAGAAGGACCUGUAUGACGCAGUGUGGAUCCAGGUGUCCCGCCUGGCCAGCCCGCUGCCCCCGCAGGAGGCCAGCAACCACGCCCAGGACUGCGAUGACAGCAUGGGUUACCAGUACCCGUUCACCCUCCGGGUCGUGGGGAAGGAUGGCAAUUCGUGUGCCUGGUGUCCCUGGUACAGGUUCUGUAGAGGCUGCACUGUUGAGUGUACAGAGGACAGAGCUUCUGUAGGGAACGCCUACAUCGCUGUGGACUGGGACCCCACCGCCCUGCACCUCCGCUACCAGACCUCCCAGGAGAGGAUCGUGGAGGAGCACUGCAGCGUGGAGCAGUCCCGCCGCGCUCAGGCUGAGCCCAUCAGCCUGGACAGCUGCCUGAAGGCCUUCACCAGUGAGGAGGAGCUGGGGGAGGACGAGCUCUACUACUGCUCAAAGUGUAAGACCCACCGACUGGCCACCAAGAAGCUGGACCUCUGGAGGCUGCCGCCGAUCCUGAUUGUUCACCUGAAGCGCUUCCAGUUCGUAAACGGCCGCUGGAUAAAGUCGCAGAAAAUUGUCAAAUUCCCUCGGGAGAAGUUUGACCCCAGCGCCUUCCUGGCUCCAAGGGACCUGGAGCACCGCUGCCUCCAAUCCCGCAGCGAGAGCGAGGACCUGCUGAGGGUCGGAGAAGACAACCUGUCGUCCAUCUCUGCUCCAGCUGGCUUCUGCAACCUGCCCAAAGCUUCUCCCGCCUCCAGCAGGAGAUCAGCUCCUUCUCUCAGCCGGAACAGCAGCCCCUCUGGUAGCCCAAAGUCUGGCGGUCGCCGGCCGGGCCGCCUACGGCUGCCUCAGCUCGGCAGCAAGCAUCGGCUGUCCAGCAGCAAGGAGAACUUAGACGGCGCUGCAUCCUCUGAAGCCGACGGAGCGCCGCAGACAGACGCAGAGGCAGGAGUCACAGCAGCAGCUGCGGGGCCCCUUUCUUCAGGCGACCCCAUGGCAUCGGAGUCGUCCUGCGGCACCGAGGCAUCCAGCAGCCACUGUGAUGUCAUCCUGGUGAACGGAGACAGCAACGGCAUGGGAUCGGACUGCAGCAUAGAGAGCAACGCGGAGCCAGAGGGUUCGCUGCUUCAGCACCGAGACAUGUGUCUGGAUCCCCUCUACAACCUCUAUGCAAUAUCAUGUCAUUCAGGAAUCAUGGGAGGAGGCCACUAUGUGACGUACGCCAAGAACCCCAACGACAAGUGGUACUGUUACAAUGACAGCAGCUGCAAGGAAGUCCAUUCUGAGGAGAUCGACACAGACUCCGCCUACAUCCUGUUCUACGAGCAGCAAGGAGUCGACUACUCCCAGUUCCUGCCCAAGAUUGACGGCAAAAAGAUGGCCGACACCAGUAGCAUGGAUGAGGACUUUGAGUCUGACUAUAAGAAGUACUGCGUCCUCCAGUGAGCGCGUUCUCUCCGUCAGCACUGCAUCCGCGCCUGCUUUCAGCGCCGGCCGCCAACGGCUACCAGCCGGCGGUUCUGUCUGCCUAUAGGGAGGCAUCGCAGCACUUUUUACUCAGCCCAGAAUCUAGCUUAGUCAGACCCCCCCCCUUAAAUCUGCAUUUGUGUAUUUUUGCCAUAAUAAACCUGAUGUAUGCAGAUGUGGCCAGAUGAUGAUGAUGAUGAUGAUGUUUGUGACCUGAGAGGAGGAAGAAGACGCCGGGCUCCGGGUUUGAAGGCUGAUGAUUGGAUCCAGAAGAAGAUGGAAACGCCAUCAUGUCUGCUGGUGUCACAUUUGGCGGCAAACUGGUUCCUGAUCCGGAGCGUUGGGAACCGGGAGCUGCUUUUCACAGCGAUGAUGAGUCAUCAGGGUCACAUGCUACCUCAUCGCCUCCCAUCACGCCGCAGCUGGAGCCUCUCAAACAGUGUUAACGACAAACAUUGGGGUCCUUCCAUUGUAGGAGAGACCAGGUACUGACAUUUCAGACCCCCCCCCCGUAGUUUAAUCCCAGAGCUGCCAAAUCUGAGCGGUGGUUUGGAAGCUGGUUUGAUUUUGGAAAGGUGCCAUGAUUUCAGAAAUAAUAACUUAAAUGUGUUCGGUAUUCGUUCCUGACUUUUUUUUGUGUGUUUUAUAAGAUUAGUUUUAUUUUUGUAAACAGAAAUAUUUCUGUUAAGGCAGAUCUUUUUAGAUCAGGCAUAUCUGAGGCCACGCCUACAGGAAGUGGGCUUCUCUUUGCACCUUAGGUCCCUGCUGUCACUUUACACCACUUUGUUCACUAAAUCCUCAAACCUGGAACAUUUAGGCCGAAAACGUUAAGCUGCCAAAGAUUUUAUCCGUGCUUUUAUUGUUCUCCAUUGGAAACGUUUAGCAGCGAAACCUUCCUGAUGCUGAGGUGACGCCAUGAAGGAGAGACGCGUCCUGCAGUAAAUGAACGAUUGUUGGGAGGUUUCCGUUUAGCAUCGGGAUGCAGAACAAACCUCCUACGGCUC